AUGUGUCCUUUGGACGGAGAAGGCAAGCCCAAACUAGGCUUUGUACACUGGCCCUAUCUGAAGGUCUUAGAGGUUGAGUGUGUGCCACCCUGGCUCGCGGCAAUUCCGCCCCGGGACGAUCCCCGGGACGCGCUGAUCGUAAAGCCCGGCCUGCCAUAUACGAGCUUGAAGGAGCUCCCCGAAGGUGCAAUUCUUCGCCGUCUCUACAUCGAUCUUCGCUUUGCGAAUAUCCGCGGAAAUGUGGAGACUCGUCUGGCCAAAGUCGAUAAGCCAGACAGCGAGUAUACGUGCAUGAUUAUAUCCGUCGCAGGUCUGGAGCGUGUGAGUCUCAAGUAUCGUAUCAACCAGUACCUGCAAUCUAAGAAUGGGGGCAUUUUUCAUGCCGUUGGGCAAGGUGCCCUGGGCUUGGAGAUUCGCAAGGGAGAUACGAAGAUGCAAAAAGUAAUUGACCAACUGGGUGACCGAAAGUCAACUCUCGCCUGCCUUGCUGAGCGGUCGCUCAUGAGAACUCUUGAAGGCGGUUGCAGUGUUCCCAUUGGGGUUGAGACAGAGUGGAUCCACCCCGAGGACUUGAAGAUGAAGGCUAUUGUUGUCAGUCUGGAUGGUUCUGAGGGUGUUGAAGAUUCCCUUGAGGGGAGUGUUCAGACUAUCGACGAUGCAAUGGCCCUCGGAAAAGAAAUGGCGGCAAGACUGGUCAAGGCUGGUGCAGAGGCAAUCCUCAAGGACAUUAACAUGAGCCGUCCAUCCAAGGAUUGA